GCCAAAUGAUGAAGGGGAGGGGUAUAACUUCAGGAUUAUGUUCAUAGUGAGUGCGCACUGAGCGGCAGCAGCAACAGUUUCCCUGCAACACAAAGUUUGCUCCACAGAAAGUUUAAAUGGCCAAAUACAAGCCCUGCCUGGUGUGCUGUUACAUCUCGGCUGGUUUACUUUGCGCGGUUGCUCUGGUCUGUCUGUGCGUCGUCUCUCUGGUGGACAAAGAGUGUCCGAGCAGCAGCUUCACACGCGCGGCUGUGGCUGCAGACUCGCGACGCUGCUCCGAGAUUGGCAGGAACAUACUACAGCAAGGCGGAUCAGCAGUAGAUGGCGCCAUUGCAGCUCUUCUGUGCACUUCUGUGAUCAAUCCUCAGAGCAUGGGGAUUGGAGGAGGAUCUAUCUUCACCAUAAGAAACAAAAAAGGCAACGUUAAAGUGUACAACUUCAGAGAAACCGUCCCAAAGUCUUCUAAAACAAACCUGUUAAAGGACUGUCCCACCUCAAUCCAACUGACCACAGGCAGCCAGUGGAUCGGUGUUCCCGGAGAGCUGCGGGGUUACGAAGCAGUUCACAAACAGUAUGGGAAGUUGCCUUGGGCCAAGCUGUUUGAACCAACAAUUAAACUGGCCAGAGAGGGCUUCACUUUGCCGCUGUAUCUGGGGGAACUUCUGCAAAUUCCUUUAGUGAAAGUGCAUGUGGAAAAUUCAUCCAUCUGUGAAAUUUUCUGCAACAAAAACAGAGCCAUUCUCAGCACAGGAGACAUCGUCAAGUUUCCUAAACUUGCAGAAACCAUGGAAACAAUUGCCAAGCAGGGGGCAAAUGCCUUUUACUCUGGCAAGAUAGGACAAGACUUAAUCCAAGACAUAAAGGCUGCAGGUGGGACUAUGACGAUGGAGGAUCUGAAGUCCUUCCAAGUGCGGGUGAAGGAUGCAUGGACAGUUUCUCUGGGAAACACCAAGAUGCAUCUCCCUCCACCUCCUUCUGGGGGCCCCCUGCUGGCAUUCAUACUCAAACUCAUGCAAGAUUUUCCCUUCAAUCAAAACUCCCUGGAUGUUGACCAGAAGAUUCAGAUGUAUCAUCGCCUAAUAGAAGCAACUAAAUUUGCUAAUGGACAAAAGAGGAGCAUCAACGAUCCUUAUUUUAAUGACGGAAAGAGUGCAGAUCAUUUGAUCAAUGACUCCUUCAUCAAUAACAUCGCAGAAAAGAUUUUUUCCAACCUCACCCAUGAGAACUCCUACUACAACAAUGCCAAGCCUUCCCGGGAUAGUGUUGGGACGACCCACGUUUCUGUCCUGGAUGAAGAAGGACUGGCUGUCUCUGCCACCAGCACCAUAAACCAAGUUUUUGGCGGAGGCAUUUACUCUCCAAGAACAGGCAUCAUUCUGAACAAUGAGCUGCUUGACUUCUGUCACAGAGCAGACAUAGUGAGGGCAGAUGAACAGCCUCCUUCCUCAAUGACUCCGUUAAUACUUGAGUCAAAGUCUGGAGGACUUUUUGUGAUUGGUGGAUCGGGAGGAAGCUUGAUAACCUCCGCAAUGGCAUCGUCUAUAAUAAACCACCUGUGGCUGGGGAUGAAUCUGAAAGAUGCCAUUGCUGCGCCUAUAGUGUUUGUCGAUUCCAGUAAUUACCUGAAUUUUGAGCGAGGUUUUAACAAGUCAGUGAAAGAUGGCCUCAUCGCUCUUGGACACAAAUCUGGGAACUGGAAAUUUUUCCUAAAUGUUGUCAAUGCUGUGGAAAUGGAGAAUGGAUGCAUUGCAGCUGUAUCAGACCACAGGAAGCAGGGAGAGUCAGCAGGAUACUGACCACGGAAGACCACGAAGACGCACCUUCCUGUAAAUAUCUGCACUAAAGAAUGACUCAACCUUUAGCCUUUCAAAUGAAUACUUCGCCCCAAAACAUUGACCAGUUGUGUGUAAAAUACUCACACUAUGUUGAAUUCUUGAAGAAAACUUUUAUUUUCUCACAGAAUCCAAAAACUUCUUUUAAGCAGUGCUUAACACGAGUUUGAGAAUGUAAUGAGAUGUGUGAAAGAUUAUAACCAGAUGUGAAAUAUUUUUGCCAUUCGGAAAUUGGGCCUUAUUUACUUCAAUCUAUCACAGCCUCUCCUUUUUCUGAUUCUUCGUUCACUGCGCAGCCAAUACAAGGUAACAGGAUGAGUUAUUGGUCAUUUUAGAGGUGAAGUAUUCCUUUAAGAACAAAACUGUGCGUCAAUAAAUGUGAUCCCUUUAAACCUUUGUGCUCGCUUAAUACUGAGGCUCUUCAAUGAUGAGCUACUCAAUCAAUCAAGACACUUUUAAUGAUGCCAGUGCUGUCAAUGCUUUUUGUUUUUUCUAUUUUCUAUAGUGUUAUAGGCUCUUUUGCACGUAAAUGGCCUUCAAAAGCCAUUGUUCAAACACUUCUUUUAAACAGUGCUUAACACCCCCCCCUUCCUGAAAUGCCUCCAUUUGAUUCCUUUGUUUACUUCCUGAACAUACUGACAUCACUAUGUAACACUCGCGCUUCUAUAGCCUAGCGCUCCAACACAUCGUACGUGAUAGGUUAAGGGGCAGGUCAUCUCUAAGCGGUUCACAAUUCACAACUGAGCCGACCAGCUAACCAAUCAGAGCAGACUGGGCUCUGGUUUCAGACAGAGGGUGAAAGAGGUGCUGAAGCAGAGGCAGUAUGAUGAAAAAUCAUUUUCAGGUUUAUAUUAGAAAAAAUACUAAUAUAAACCUGAAAAUGAGUAUAAUAUAUCCUCUUUAAGUGGACUGACACACAAUACACAUGAAGCUAUACUCCUGAGAGUUGCUUGAAUGGUCUGUGGGAUUACAGUAUAUUUCGGCAGCAAUCCACAAAGGCAACUGUAUUUAAAUAUAUAUAUAUAUUUAGAGAACCAGUAAGACAGUGAUCAGAGAAUGUUUUAUUUCCUCACUGAACUUUAUAAUUCUUUCUAGGAUUUUUUUAUUGAGCCAUGUAAACCUUCUUAAGCAACUUCUGACUUAAUGUGACCCUAAAAAUGUGACUGUAUGUGAAACAACCUUAUUAUCUGGGCACAUUUUCUAGUAGCACUGUCUAAAGAAAAAUACUUUAUUUUCAUACCAGCAACAUGUAAUUUUCUGUGUUUUAAUAUCUGAAAAUGUUAUGUUUAGUAGUUACACAUUUUUUACAAUUAUUAUCUGUGAAUAUUUGUGAUUUUACAAUAAAAAAUAAUCGGUAAAAAGACGA